AUGUCAGUUGAAUUCGGAAUAACAAGCAAUGUGAAGCUCUUGAAAGUUGAAAAAGCCAAAGAAUUUGAAUCAUUUAGAAAUCUACCUAAAUUUACUCAUGUACCAAUGGCAGUUAUUCACCCAUCACCUAGAAAAAAGAGAUAACCCUAGAAAUCUCCAACGCCAAAUCUUACAGUUUCUGGAAAUCCAACAAAGCUUUUGGCAAAACGUUAUGAGCCUAAAUAAUUCCCUGAUCAUUUGAUGAGAGCACCAAUGGAUAUUAGCUUUACAAGCUCUGUCUCACCAAAGAGGCAUAAAUCAUAAAGUGCAGGAUUUGGCUCAUCUACUGGAAGCAAAAAAUCUUUGAAAUAAGCCAAAAACGCAAAAGAAAUAGCAAGGAAAAUGGAAAGUGAAGGAAAAAGAGUAAAGAGAGCAGAUGAUAAUAAAAAGGUAUUCUUUGGGGAACUUAAGAAAAUACUUGAGUCUAAGAGUGAUGAUGAAUAAUUUCUUCCCCCUUAGAUUAAUACUACUAUCAAAGAAGCAAAAUAAGCUGUGAAAGAUAAGAAAUUAAUUAAGCAUCUAUAUUCUUAGGUUAGCUAAUCUCGUUUUUCUGAUAUGAGAUUAUCAAAAUAUGAAUUCCUUGGGCUAGUAAAAGUAUUUUGCAAAGAGAUGGGAGAAAAUGAUAUGAAUGAUGUUUUCCUCUCAUUCUGCAAAAGACUUGAAUAGCAUUCUAAUAAGGAUGACAAAGAAAAAGAAGACACAUUAAAAAGCUCUCUGACUAAAACUAAACUUAAUCUAAAUAACCUGAAGAAUGGCUAAAAAUCCCAAAAAGCACCAGCUGCAGAUUCAACCCUAGUGGACAUCAAAGAUCUUAAAUUAGAUUUAGGAAUUGUUGAUCAUGCCUUUGACAAAUGGUAUAAAGAGGAAGAGUCACUUUCUGGCGUUUUAAAUAUGAAAGUUAUUAAACAAAGAAAUGCUGACCUGAGAGUAAAACUCGAUGUUUGGAGAAAGAGAGCUGAUGAAAGAAAGCGUUAAGCAAAAAGAAUAUUUGAGCAUGGAAAGAAAAUUAGAGCAGGUUUUGAAAAAUAUUAAGAUGAUUUUAAUAUUGAAAAGGAAAAGGUCAUCAGUUGUGCAAUUGACUACAAUUAAUUUUGUGAAUUAAAGGAUCGUGUUGAAAAAGAGGAAAAGAUAAUAAAUAAUUUCUUAUGCUAACUUCCUGAAAGCUCCUAAAUCCUUGAGAUUAAAGACCUCGAAAGAAUAUUAGAUAAUGAAACCAGAUCUAAUAAAGUAACUAUAAAUCUACUCAGAGAUUUUGCCUAGAUAGUAAAAACUGAAUGUGUUCUUAAUCAAUAUUUCUUCUCGUUCUUUGAUAUCCCAGAUUUAAUUGUCAAGAAAAAAUACCAAAGAAAAGAAUAUGAUCAAAUCAUUAAAAUUCUAACAAAAGUCAAGAAAACCUAUUUAGGCUAAAAAUCUUUGAUAGUAAAAGACAAGCCAAUUGAUUAAUUAGAAAUAACGGAUGAGGAUUUAGUGCCUCUUGAAAUAUUUGAUUAAGUAAUUGCUUAAUAGGAGAACAAAUGCGAUGAAAAGAAGCAAUAUUUAGUUUCACUAAUCUAUAAAAUGAGAUAGGCGGCAGUAUAGAAAAUCAAGUCACUUGGAGUAGAUACUGAUAAAACAAAGAAGAUAGUAGAAAACUCAACUUUUAUUACUACUCUUAAUCACUAACUUGAAAAUACUCAUCAAGAAAUUUUUACCUAUAAUUACAAACACUAAUUGAUAUAUCUUCACUUUGUGGUCUAGUAACAUAUAUUCAAAGCAGCAAGAGAAUUUGAGUAUUAGUACAUAGAGUGUCUGAAAGUGGAUAGAUCAGACAAUAAAUUCAAUAAAGAAUGGAAAGAUCGUCUUACAAAAGAAAUGAUGAAGUUUAAUGGGAAAAUUGCAGCAAUUGGUGAUGAAAAUUCAGUUUCAGAUGCAACAUCUGAGGGUAAAAGAAGUCAAAAAACGAUGAACGCUAUAUAAAAUAGCAACUCUAGCAAGCCAAAAAGUGCAAUGAAGCAAUAAUAAUCAUUUAUGAAUCAGUAGUAAUAGUAAAAUAUUAGAUUCUAAGAUUAGCAAAAGCAGGUAAUUUAGCCAUUUGUAGCCUAAAAUCAAAGACAAUCAUCUGGAGGUAAUCUUUUAGCUAGAGAUGAUGAAAUGGAUGAUGUAAUAUAAAGACUUAAUCCUGGAGUACCUAAAAGAAGAGAUUCAACUGAUAGUCUAAAUUUUAGAGACAGUGAAUUUGAUCCAAUGAAUUUCAAGAGAGCAUAGACCACAGUCUCAGGAGAUAUUAAAUCUUACAAUGAAUACAGCGGCAUAAUUUAGCCAAUUGCUGUUGAUCAAAUGAGAGAAAUCGGUAAAGGCUUAGGUUAAUAUCCUAAUGAUGCCCAUAAUCAAUUCAUUGAUGAGGAAGAGUAGGCUGACGAAAAGCGAAGAUAGGAAGAGGAAAAGAAAAAGGCAUAAGAAUCUCCAUAUAAGGAAUACUUCAGAGACACAACUGGGAAUAUCUUUGACCCUAACAAGAAAUUUGGUAUAAUUUAGGAUAACUCAUUGAUUUACGACAAUGUGACGUCGAGUUAUCCAUUAAAUUUGCCUACCGAUUAUUAUCAAAAAUACAUUCAAAGUACUCUUCCAGCCAAAGAUGCAGGAAAGUGGUUUAUUAGACCUCAUCAUUUAGAAACUUUGACAGAGCAUCCUCAAUCAGUAAAAGAUGAUGUAUUAAAUACAAGGUAUUACUCCCACUAUAACUAGAAAUAUGGGAAGAAGGAAGAAAGAAAUGAAGCUGAAGAAGCAAUUAAAACAAUUGAGUUGCAUUUAGAAAAGUUAAAGCACGAGAGAUACUUACUAGCAAUGCAAAAAGGAACAGUAUAAAAAGAGGAAGAAACACUUGAUGAUCUAAGAGAUAGAUUAAGACGCCAAGCUUAGGAAGAAUAUGAAAGAUUUUUACACGACAAAACUAGACUUGACCAGAAAGGACUCAUAAUAGAAGCAUACGAAGGAGUUCUUUACGAAAGAAGAAGAUUAGAGAAGGAUCUUUUAAACAGCAAGAGAUUUAGAGAGUUUGAGAAAAAUAGACCCCCAUAGGACAGAUGGUAUGAGUUAAAGUCAACAGAAUUUUCAAAGGAACUGUAUAGAAAUAGAAUGGCUCUUAAGCCCAACGACGCUAAUAGAGUCUAUCUUCAAACAUUGCAAGAUACUUAUCUCUAUUGA